ACGCGAGAUCGACCUAAGAAUUUUUUUCUUAUAAUUGCCGUUCUACAUUUCCCGCCAACAUGGCAAAUAUGGCGGAGCUCGUGUCGUUUCCCGCCAAACCUUCGCGGAGCUCUCGUAUGUACUCGUAUGGCGCACCUCGGUCCUGUGUAGCGUUAUAAGUUGGUCGUGUUUUCCUACGAUUUUCCAUCAGUUUCACGACAAAAAUGGGGCAGUCGGACGACGUCGAGGAUUCUACUUACAGUAGACAUCAAGAUUUGUGUCAGAAAUUGAAUAUGGAUGCGACUGCUGCGUCCGAAGCCUGGAAAUCCUACGAGUCUAUUCGACAGAAUUACACUCUCGAGGGUGACCAGUUGCAUUGGAUUGGGUGUGCAUUGUAUGUAGCAUGCCGUAAGUCAUCCAUACCUACUGUUGGGAAGACAGGUGCUAAUGUGGAAGGCAAUUGUGUGUCGUUAACACGUCUGUUGCAAUUGUGCAAUCUCCCCUUGAUACAGUUCUUCACGAAAAGUAAAUCUUGGGCAGACAUGGCCAACAUGUCGCAAGACUUUCGUUCAAAGAUCGAGAAGCUAGAAGGAAACUUCUCUGUUUCUAUGGUCAUAUUUAAGAAGUAUCAACCGAUUUUCACGGACAUAUUCAAAGAUCCCGCGGACGAUGUCUCGAGGCCACCGAGAUCCAGGAGACAUAAAGCGUUACCUUGCACACCUGCUAGAGUAUUCGAAUUUUGUUGGACGUUAUUUAUUUGCAUAAAAGGAGCAUUUCCAGAUAUCUCUGAUGACUUGGUCAAUUCUUAUCAUUUGCUUCUGGUUUGCUGUGAUCUUAUAUACAGCAAUGCUUUAUUGGCUAAUAGGAAAGAUCUCUUGAAUCCUAACUUUCCAGGUCUACCUCGUAACUUCAACGACGAAAAUUACAGCCCGCCGCAAACGGCUAAUUGUAUUGUUAGUUUAUUGUGCGAACGUCACGAUGCUAUCGCGGUUGAAGCUAAAGUUAUCAAAGAGUACUACCUGAAGAAUCAUAUUAAUCAAUUAUUUAAGGAAAGAGUUUUGCGCGGAGAUCAAUCAAAUUUUUCUGGUAUUCUGGAAGCUUUAAAUUUCGAUGGUAAUAACAAAGCCAUCAAUAAAGUAUACGAACAACACGUACUGAGCGUCGGAGACUUUGACGAAAGAAUUUUCUUAGCUGAAUGGAAGAGAGUCAGACUAAAUGCAAAAUCGAGCUUGGAAAUAGUCGGAGGAAAUAUAACUUAUAAGUUGAUCAAACAUAUUUCUCUUAAAGGUCAUGAUGCCAGUAAUAAUAUUGGCUCCCCCACGCAGAUGAUCAGUAUUAAUGACCUUCAGGAACAAUUUCAAAUGAAAAGAGAGCAAUACAGCGGGCAGAUACAGCACUUGGCUCCGCCCACUCCGUUAACUGGUCGUGGCUACCUUAGACCGAAAGAUAUUACCAAUGUGACACCAGUGUCCACUGCAACACAAAGUGUAAUUCGACUGCAAGCGAUGUUGGCAGGACAAACAUCACCGAGCGAGAACUUGUUGCAAAUUUUAAACAACUGUUCCCAAGAUGCAAAAUCGCUUGUCGAAGUGAAAGUCAAAGAAAUUGGGGAACAGUUUUGCGCUAAUUACAACAGAAGUACAAAUGCUAGUGAUGGUACCUCCGACUUUGGAAAGAAGAGACUUUACUUAGGCCAAACUCUAUUCUACAGACUCCUAGAAAUGAUUUUAAACGAUGAGAAACGCAAGAAACCAAAUUACGAUGUAACGAAUCUUCUCAUGAACGAGGUCUUCAUUCAAUGUUUAUUUGCCUGCUGCCUAGAAAUUGUUAUUUACUCGUAUAAAAGCAACGACAAAGUGUUCCCUUGGAUCCUGAACGCAUUAAACUUGGAUGCUUACUAUUUCUACAAAGUAAUAGAAAUCAUAGUCAGAGCAGAGGAUCAAUUGUCGCGCGAUGUCGUGAAGCAUUUAAAUCAAAUAGAGGAGAAAAUUUUAGAGUCGCUCGCGUGGCAAAGCGACAGUCCUUUAUGGGGGGCCAUUCAGUCCACGUCGGAAGGGGUUCCGAGCUGCGAAGAAGUUUCAUUGCCAGGAACGUUAGAGACUGUUGACCCAAAUAUACCUGGACAACCAGUGUUGAGGAGAAUCGCGUUGGACCGCGGUACUCACCACGAUGUGCAGCAAAGCCCUAUCUCCUCCGCCUCGGAAAGAUUUCAAUCUCCCGUCGCAGCGUCUGGUAUAGCCAAAAAACGUUUGUUCCCUGACACUAGAAUCGGCGGACAGAGCGUUCUACGAGUAGCUGGUCAAAGUGUCCUGCCAUCGAAAGUUUUAACCAUCGAUGGUAACUCGAGAAUACUUCUGCUACCCGAACAGAUCACUGUUCCGCGGUCAUCCAACGCACCGACCACGAGUACACCGAUGCAAACGGUUACGGUAAACAGGGAGCCCGCGAAACCGAAAAGAACCGGUUCCGUUGCAUUAUUCUUUAGGAAAUUUUACAAUCUUGCGAGCGUGCGCAUGCUAGACUUAUGCGGCUCGCUGGAAAUAAUGGACAUCGACCUGAAGAAGAAAAUCUGGACGAUCUUCGAGUACUCCAUCAAAGAGCGAACGGAACUAAUGAAAGACAGACACCUGGAUCAGAUCUUAAUGUGUGCAAUUUACGUAAUAUGCAAGUUAGCCAAAGUGGAGAAGAACACUUUCACAGAGAUCAUGCGGUGUUAUCGAUUGCAGCCGCAAGCUGAGUCUCAUAUAUACAGGUCGGUGCUUAUCGUUAAAACACCCAUGAACGAAUCGCAGAUGAGUAACGAAGAGCCGGGUCAAAACGACGCGGAUAGGGAAGCUAACGUGGCACCUCCUACACCUACGAAUAUGGCUGGAACAUCGCAGAAUUUCGGCGAAGAAACGCGCGGUGACCUGAUCAAAUUUUACAAUACCGUGUACGUGCCACAGGUUAAAGAGGUGGCGAACAAAUUGGGAUUGUCGCGUGGGAGCGUGAUGAAUCUAUCGUUGAGCCCGCUCCCAAAGGGAAAACCUCUGACAAGUUCUCCCGUAAGACGUGUCACGGGUAGCAUCUUGACGCGUACCUUGGACCCAAAGGCGAUUACAGCUUCCCCAGCACCCCAACUUAGUUAUUGCUUCAGUCGUAGUCCUGCCAAGGAUUUGGAAGCCAUUAAUAGAAUGAUGAUUUCUGUCGAUCCAAAGCGAUCAGUUGGCAAACGACUCUUAUCGGACGACACCGACGUAGAAAUGACAGAAGGAAGGUCCCCCAUUAAGAAGACAACUGCCUUCGUUGCUCGUAAACUGGAAAACAUUAUCGGAGAACGUCGCACGCAAAAUCAAUGAGGAACGCGACCGAGCAUUGAAUUUAAUUAUCGUACGCAUGGGUAACAAAAGGAAAUCGUUUAGAAGACGCUUGACGUAGUUUCCUUUUAAAUUUCUUUUUUAAAAAAAACAAAGGAGUAGAGAAAACAUGUUCAAAGUCGAAUUUUUAAUUCUUGGCUGUGUGGCUUAAAAUAAACGAAAUAUUCGCUUCUCAGGUGUGAUUAUGUUAGACACGGAAAAGCCGCGUUUUAUACAUACCUAAUCGUGUAUAAAGGGAACGAUAUUGUCAUAUUGAGUAAAGCCAGAAUUGUAUUUCCAGUGCUUCUUCUUUUUCUUUUUCUUUCUUUUUUUUUUUUUUUUUUUUUUUUUACCUUUUCGUAUACGUACGAAAAUAGAAUAAACUGGGCAUUUUCUUCGUAUUUUCUUAGAUUUUGAUAUUAUUCGUGAACGUUUGAUUUUUAAAAUAUAUUCUAUUACAUAAGCGAUUCGUUGUUACUUGAUAAGAAAUAGAUUUUUAAUAUUAUAAUCUUAAAGGAGUGUGCAAGCAAAACUUUACAACUGGUUUGAAUUGCACGAGAUACAAAGGACUGGAAAGGUGCUACCAAGAGUGAUUAUCUACAUUUCACUGGAAAUGAUUCUGACUUUUGUUGAUAUCACUGAUCAAUAGUAUUUUGAUCGAGCUAUGUACUCUCUGAAGUUAUAUAUAUGUGUAUGAAGAAUUUAUAAAAGUUACGGCCAUAAAUGGUAAAAAAACUCUAUUUUACCAGUAGAUUUAAGCAUACUACGCGAGCGAUGCAGCUCUUGCAGCAUGCAAAUACGAUUUGGGUGAUAUUUAAUUAAAUUUACUAGAGAUAAGUUUGAAACUACAAAAUUUCAACAUUUAAUCGUCCAAUGUAUUCUUGGUCUUGAGUGUAAUAAGUUAUUAGCGUCUUUCGGGAUAUUUCGUUCGUGAACUGAGACUGUUUCAGUUCCCGGUUGCAAGUAACGCGUAUAUUAGAUAUAAGUGUUUUUCAAAUUUUUCUUUUGAUCUCAUUAAUCUGUCUUUUA